UCAUUUCUUAAAUUCGAACCGGUCGCUAAUAAUCUUACCUGUUUGUUUUAAACCAAACCGGCCCCUAAAGCUAACGGUCAAUUUCAGAUUACAAAACUAUCGGAUCAUCGCCAUGGCUAGACCCUUGUCAACAAUCUUCAAAUCGACGAAACCCCAUAUUCAGAAACCCCCAAAACCCUCGAAUUUUGAUUCGUUGAAGCCCACUAAUCUCAAAGUUUUCUCUUCACCAAAUCCAAUAGCAUCUUCCUCAAGUUGCAGCAAAUCGAAGAAAUCAAGGAAGUCGGAUGCAAAUUCACAGAAAUCAUCAGGAAAUGAGUCGGAAUUACUAACGAGCCCAGUUUCAAACUCAACGAAAUUCAGUAAUUCUAAGAAAAAUAGGUCUUUGUGGUGUGUAUACCUCAUUCUCUCCACAAAUCCACCUAUUAAAACCUAUGUUGGUGUCACUACCAAUUUCUCUCGCCGACUAAAAGAACAUAAUGGUGAAUUAAAAGGGGGUGCAAAGGCAUCUCGCUCGGGAAGACCUUGGAUUUGCGCCUGCCUUAUUCGGGGAUUUAAGGGCAGAAGUGAAGCUUGUGCAUUUGAAUCAAAAUGGAAACAGAUUUCGAGAAAGUUGCCCCGUACUACUGAGGAGCAGAAGCCGGAAGACAAUGGAUCUCUUGCAUUUUUACAGCAUAGACAUGCAGCUCUGGAUCGCGUUCAAAGUUUGAUCGACUGCAGUGACUUAAAUAUUGAUUGGCGUUCUAAUUUUUUCUGAUUUAAUAUAUUGAUUCUUCUCUACAGAAAUAUGCAACCAAAGUUGUUUUGACUUGUAAAUUAUAUAUACAUAUUAACUUACAAGAGUAAAAUGUAGUUGAUACCAAAAUUCAUUCUACCUA